AUGCUGAAGCAUCCGCACGCUCCCUGUGUGAGUUCAGAGAGUAAAUUAUCAAACUGAGGAAGCUGUGUGCAGACAGCCAACUGACAGGAAGGAAGGAACAGCUACUACGCUGCAACUCGACACAAACUUCUCACUUUUAUCUUCAAUUCUUCUUCAAAAGCUGCAGCAUUCUUUCAUUCUUAGGGCUCAAUGGAAAUACACACUACAGGCUGGCAAAAAAGGGGGAACUAGAGCUUAGCCGCCCCCCACCCCCCUCACCUCCCUCCUCUUCUCCAGUGCACAAUAUCCUCUUUUGGACCCAACCAGCCCCCGUUUUUAUGUUAUCUCUUUUGGUUUUAGUGUGGCACACACACACAUGCUGGGGAUGAGUGCCUGGGCAGAUGGUGCUCAGUGUGUGGACUAGAAGCUGAGACGAGACUGACAGGGACAGACUCCUUGUCCAUCAUGGGAUGCUGCAGUGUGACCCAGAGGCAUACUGGAGUGGACGAGGUAGGCCCUGAUGAGAUCGAGCUCCUGGAAAUCCCUGGAGACAAUUUCGGGGUGUGGAGUCCAGGAGAAACCAGGCUUCAGCUGUCAGUGAGGAACAGCAGAGAUGAGCAGCCACUGCACUACCCUUCAAUACGGCACAUGGAACAAGAGGUGGUGCUGUGGGGCAGAACCAGAGAUGAGCUGCACCAUAGGAUUUACUCCCAGCAGCCAAUCAGGGGGUGGGAGGGCCAACCUCCUCACAUGUAUGGAGAGAUUAUCCACUCCUCCCUGGUGUCUCUCUACAACAGCUACUCACAGGAAACCAGCGAACACUUCCUGGUGUUGUUCUCAUUUCACCUGCUCAUCCUCUCUCUGGACCACUUACGACAAGACUUGAUCUAUGAGGGCAUCCUCCCCCUUUCUGGACUUACCUUCCAAGCUGCCUCCGUGGACCCUGACACGUCACAUUCACCACACAUGUUUGAGAUUAGCGGUCCAAUGGUGGAUUCCAAGGUGUUCAUAUGUUCCAGUGCUGCAGAGCUACAGAAAUGGAAGCAGCAAAUAGAAGACAGGAGAUUUAAAUCAAUGACAAAACCCAUGAGUCCCUCUCUCUGCGCCCUCUCCUAUCUAUUACCAUGUGAUGUGCGCUGGAAAAGAGAAGAACUGCUUCAAUACCUACUACAAGCACCGAUAUGGCAGUGGGAGGGCUCGCCCAUACAGCACAUGGGUCAGCCAGGAUACAUAUCUCCUGUCCAUAUAAUCAACUCACAGAGACAGGGACCCCAAGAAAGACUGAUGGUUCUCUUCCCUCACGACAUCCUGCUGCUGUCAGUUGAAAAACAGCUGAACAUAAGAUAUGAGGGCAGGCUGCCUCGACAAGGCAUCAGAGCAGUGGAGCAGUCAGCAUUUUCUGGACGACUGGAGUUUGAGCUGAUAGGUGAGCUGGUGGAGCCCCUGCAGGUCUCUUGUACCUGCCUGGAGGAUUAUCAGAACUGGAUUUUCCAAUUACAACAGCCAGACAGAAGCAGCCACACUACUGUGAGUCAAGCUGCACCUCCAAUCAUGCCAAAGCUGCAUAGGAGCAGGAAGGAGCCCCGGGAACCGAUGAUACCUGCCGAACAGUGUCACAUCAAUGGACGUAGCUGAAUGUUUCCAGAACGUGGAAAAGCUUUAAAUUUCACUGUAAUUACAAAUCUAAAAAUAACUGUGUAGAUAGCAUGUACAUAUUACUCUUGUGUCUAAUUGUGCCACAAAAUGGAAGUACAGCAGAGACAGAACUGACAGUCUGAAACAUUCUCACCCUAAUUUUGAUGUAUUUGGGUGAUUUCGUCACUCUGAGUGGCUGAAAAGAUACUCACAGUCCUCUUUCAUGUGGGGACAAACAGAAACAAGGCCAUGACCUAAUUUAAGAGCAGAUCACAGCUGGAGAAAUGUUAGAUGUAGAGUAUGUAGAGCAUGUAAAGGUUUCAAAAGCAACUUAGAAAUGAACAAACUGUACAUACAGACAUGGGCAUAACAGUUUACCUUUUCAAAAAUAAACUGUUUAUAAAUUCUAAUGUACAGAGUUUGAAAAAAAUCAUUAUUUCAACAUAACAUAAAAUGGAAGUAUCUGUUUUUAUUUCAGUGGUUAAACAUUUACAGUAGAGUGGAGAAAUCCAGUAAACAUCCAGUGUAUUACAGUAUUUAUAUUCAUUGUGGU